GGCAUUAAAAAGGAGAACAAACCACUGUCAAGUACUAACAAACAUAACCAAAGAAGAAGAUAAGAGGCAGCUUCUCUCAAGCCCAAAAAAGCAGUGCUUAAAAGCUCUCAAGAAACACAGUUUUUUUAGAGAGAGAGAGAGAGAAAAAGAAAAGAAAGGCAAAAAAUGGAAGACGAUAUGAUGUUCUUGAAAUGGUGGUUGAAAGUGGUGUUGAUUUUAUUGAUAGUGAUGGUGUUUGGUGUGAAGAUUUUUGUGUUGUUAUGGUGGAAGCCAAGGAAGAUUGAAGAGCAUUUUGCCAAACAAGGCAUAAGGGGACCUCCUUAUUGCUUCUUUAUUGGUAAUGCUAAAGAGCUUGUGAGUUUAAUGGUGGAAGCUUCUUCAAAACCCAUGCCUUUUUCUCACAAUAUUCUCCCGAGAGUUCUCUCUUUUUACCAUCAUUGGAAGAAAAUCUACGGUCCAACUUUUUUAGUAUGGUUUGGACCCACGGUUCGGCUAACAGUAGCCGAACCUGACCUAAUUCGAGAAAUAUUCAGCUCGAAAGCGGAAUUUUAUGAAAAAAAUGAAGCCCACCCUCUCAUCAAACAACUUGAAGGUGAUGGUCUCCUUAGCCUCAAAGGUGAAAAAUGGGCUCUCCAUAGAAAAAUCAUCACUCCCACCUUUCACAUGGAGAAUCUCAAAUUACUCAUACCCAAUGCCACAACAAGUAUUGUGAGAAUGUUAGAAAAAUGGUUAGAUAUGUCAAAUUCCGAUGAAGUCGAAAUUGAAGUGUCACAAUGGUACCAAAAUUUAACUGAGGAAACCGUCACAAGGACCGCAUUUGGUAGUAGUUAUGAAGAUGGAAAACACAUUUUUCAAUUACAAGCUCAACAAAUGGUCUUGGCUUCUGAAGCAUUUCAAAAGGUCACUAUCCCGGGUUAUAGGUUUUUACCCACGAAAAGGAAUAGAGAAUCUUGGAGAUUAGAGAGGGAAAUCAAGAAAUCGUUAAUGAGGGUAAUUGAAAGGAGAAGGGAAAAUUGGGAUAACGAAGGAAUGGAAAAUGGGCCUAAGGAUUUGCUUGGGCUUAUGAUCCAGGCGAGUACAAAAGAAUCGGUGAAUUCCUCGCCGGCGACGGCACCCGCCAUCACGGCACGUGACAUUGCGGAGGAGUGCAAGAGUUUUUUUUUCGCCGGAGAACAGACGACAUCCAACCUGCUGACGUGGACGACGGUCUUGCUAGCGAUGCACCCACAGUGGCAGGUGAUAGCACGUGACGAGGUGCUUAAGGUGUGCGGACCACGUGACAUCCCCACCAAAGAUGAUGUUUCCAAGCUUAAGACGCUGACCAUGAUUCUCAACGAGUCCUUGAGGUUGUACCCUCCGAUUGUCGCAUCGAUUCGACGAGCAAAGGCGGAUGUCCAAUUGGGAGGAUGUAAGGUCCCACGUGGGACCGAGCUUCUUAUUCCAAUCCUAGCCGUUCAUCAUGAUCAAGCAAUAUGGGGCAAUGAUGCUAAUGAAUUCAACCCAUCACGGUUUUCAGAUGGAGUAGCUCGUGCUGCUAAACACCCAGUGUCAUUCAUACCUUUUGGGAUCGGUGUACGUACGUGCAUUGGACAAAAUCUAGCAAUGUUACAAGCAAAAUUGACACUUGCAAUCAUUUUACAAAGAUUCUCCUUUCGGUUGUCUCCAAAGUAUCAACACGCACCAACGGUUUUGAUGCUACUCUACCCACAAUAUGGUGCACCGAUUAUCUUCAAAUCUCUAUCGUCGAAUUCAAGCAUCAAAGAAGAUCAAGGGUUGUAAAUUGUCCUUACUAUACUUGUCAUAUGUAUGCGAGUGAAUCCUAUGCUUUCUAGUGACCAAUCCCCCAAAAAGAACCAAAAAGAAAGAAUCUAUUACAUACAAUCAUCGUAUCAUUUCAUUUUACAGAUAUGAUACAAUAAACCAGUUGAACUGUUAUGUAAUGACAGUUUUAUUGGUUCCGUGAUUAGAAACCAAUAUGUCAUUAACAAACAAUUUUAACUGAUUUAGUGUAUUACACUUGUAAAAUCAUAUAAUACGGGAUUGUGUUCUUUUUUAUUUUUUUUAGAAAGAGUGAAAAGAAAACAAAAGGUUUAAGAAGCCCUUUUUUGCAAAUUAGUAAUUUGCACAAGGUUAGGAGAUGAGGUAAGUAAGAUCGUGUUUUCUAUCAUUCCUCCCCAUUUGUUCACUAAAAUAGCAAUACUAACCCCUCUAAGUUUAAAAAAUGCCAUGUAUUUGCCAAAAAAGUUUGGAUUUUGGGCAUGUAACUUUUUAUCCUUGGCUAGUUAGACAUAUCUCUCCCCCAUGUGUAUGUAGUGUACAUUUUGCUCAAUUCUAACAACAAUUUUGUAAAUACA